AUGGAGGGCAAGGACGGCAAGCACGACGUACCCGCCACCACGGCCACGCCACCACCGGCCGGCGCGCCGCAGCCGGAGGCGCGUGCGCCUCCCGCGGAAUCGGCGCGGUGGGGCACGCGGCAGAUGGGCCCGCCGGCGGCCCCCGGGGCGCACCCGGAGAACCAGGAGGCGGCGCGGUGGACGGCGGCGCGCGGGGACCAGGAGCUGCCGCCGUACGUCAUCAUGGGGGAGCCCGUGGCGGCGCCGCAGCAGCAGCAGAGGGGCAAGGGGGACGGCCCCAUGGAUCAUAUCCUCGACUUCUUCAACACCUGGAGCCGCAAGGCCGAGGAGCUGGCCUCCAACAUCUGGUUCAAUCUGAAGACUGCGCCAUCCAUGUCUGACGCGGCGAUGGGGAAGCUAAGCCUCGGCGCGAAGGCCCUGUCGGAGGGCGGCUUCGACAAGCUGUACAAGCAGACCUUCUCCUCCAGCCCCGAGGAGCACCUGAAGAGGACGUUCGCUUGCUACCUGUCCACGGCCACCGGCCCUGUCGCCGGCACGCUCUACCUGACCAACAUGAACGUCGCCUUCUGCAGCGACCGCCCGCUCUCCUUCACCGCGCCAUCUGGCCAGUCCGCUUGGAGCUAUUACAAGGUUAUGAUCCCUCUUGGCAAGAUCGCGACGGUGGAGCCGGUGACGAUGAAGGAGAGUCCGCCGGAGAAGUACGUCCACAUCGUCACCGUGGACUCCCACGACUUCUGGUUCAUGGGCUUCGUCAGCUACGACAAGGCCGUGCACAAUCUCGUCGAGGCCGUUUCCCAGCGCUCCCAGUCCCAGCACGACGUCGGCGUCGCCACUGCCGGCAGCAAGUGA